UUUAAAAAGUGUUAUGGCUUGUUGAGGACUGAGUAAGGUAAAAAUUCUCAUUUCCAUGCUCUUGCUCCACCCACUAUUAUAGCUGUCAAACAAUCUCUUAUAUCUUUUUACCAUCACUUUUGUCCAGCCUAAUUCUCCAUGAUGUAUAUUCUAAAAAAGUUCAUGUCCUGUUUCCCUCAUAAACAUGUUUUCUCUAAAAAUUAGUAGUUCAGUUUGAAUAACUCUCAUAAUCAAUAGGACAGCUGAGUCGUAUUCUAUAGUAGACAUCUUAGGGUAUGAUCUAUGAUGAGACUACUCAAGAUCUUUCAGUAUAGACCAACAGUGAAGUUAUUAAUGAUAGUGAUUCCUGCUGCCAUGCUUGUUUCAUCAGAAAUACGAGUAUGCUUCCAAAUGUAAGCUUGGUAAUCAAGCUUCUUGCCAAGAUUCUUCAUGGUGCUCUUUGAUUUGCUAUAUUACCAUGUCUACUUAUAUCUUGAUUUUUACUUAUGAAAGGUGUCUAACUUUGUCUAGUGAGAAGGAUGAUUUCUGUCUACUUAACUACAAGAGUUAGGGUAAAAACAUAGUGGAGCAGCGAGGCUAGGGUGUAGCGGAGAAGGUAGCUGAGAGGGUUUUGACCCCCGAUGCUAGCGGUGCUUCACAUGCACAUAGUACGGCGGCGAUCAACGCGGUGAAUCAAGAGGCUUCAGUUGUUCACUUUUCAAUAUGUCUUCAGACAGUGAUGACGAUUUUGUGUUGUAUGAGAAUAGUGCACUGAAAAUGAUUGUUUUAGGUAAUAGAAGUUGUGCAGUGCACCCUGUAAAUAGGCAGCGUAUGGAAUUUGGAGAGUACCACCAUCUGUUUCCCCAGUUGAAGAAAUAUCCAGAUAGAUUUUUCCAGUACACCAGAAUGGAUUACAGUACCUUUGAAUAUAUAUUGAACUUAAUUUCUCCUCAUAUGGAGGUCAAAUAUACAAAUUUUGUAAAGCAGCCGAUUGAAUGUGACGAGAAGCUACUUAUUACACUCAGAUAUCUGGCUACCGGCGCAUCUUUUAGAAGCCUAUCAUUCACAUUUAGAAUUGGAGCUUCAACAGUAAGCAAAAUAGUAAUCGAAACUGAGAAACAACUAUGGAAUGUUUUGCAACCAAUACACAUGCUUGUACCUACGUCAGAUACGUUUCUUCGCACCAGCCAAGAGUUCUACAAUAUUUGGAAUUUCCCAAAUUGUAUUGGAUGCAUAGAUGUCAAACACGUUAGAAUUAUUUCCCCUCCACAUUCUGGAACGAUGUUCUACAACUACAAAAAGUUUUAUUCAAUAGCAUUACAAGGUGUUUGUGACGCUCAGUACAGAUUUUCUAUGAUCGAUGUUGGAGGAUUCGGUAAACAGAACGAUGGAGCAACACUAGCAGCUUCAGAUAUGUACUUAAAAAUUAAAAAUAAUCAGCUAAAUAUUCCAGAUGAUAGUUAUUUACCAGGGACAUACGUCAAAACAUCUUUGGUUUUUCUAGGCGAUGAAGCUUAUCCUCUGUCCCUUCGAUUAUUAACACCUUACCCAGCUGACAACCUAACGAUGGAAAAAACUGCAUACAACUUUCGGCACUCAAGGGCGAGAAAAACAAUUGAGUGUACAUUCGGAAUAUUGUAUUCAAAAUGGAGAAUACUCUCAAAGAGUAUUGAAGCUAAACACGAGACUGCCGAUCACAUAGUUAAAGCUGUUUGUGUUCUUCAAAAUACAAUAAUUGACAGAGAAGGAUUUGAAAGACAUUUGAGCGAGGUAAUACCUGGUGAAAAGACUCGAGGCUAUACCGAACCUGUGCCAAGACGAAGGGGCCGACACCUAACUGCAGCAAUGCUUUUACGUGAUACAUUCAAGGCAUAUUUCCAGGAAAACCCCAUCAAAUUUAAGAAAGACAAUGAGCAAUAAUUUUAAUGUUUUGUUUGUGUUCUAAUAAAUGAAUUUCUCGUACCUGUAAA